GUUGAGCAGCGAGCGCGCAAAUAAAUACAAAUUUCACCGACUAACUUUAGUUAAUAUUCUUGCUUAAAAUCGGUUAUAUGCGGGCCGAGAGUAUAGUUUAGUAUUCGUCUGUGAAAUGAGUGAUUUUGCAAGUGCUUGUGAGAAUUCCCGCUAGAGUUGGUUGAGAAUAAAACAAGGCAUAUACAGAAAACACCAGCAGCCAUGGCGGCCCGGCAGUGGUUGGGGGUGCCUGAGGGGACAGUGGGUGGCAGGACGGCAGGCGCUUGGCCUGCCAUAUUGCUGUGCGUGCUCUUGUUUACCAGUGCGACGCACGCAAGCUCCCUGAACGCCAUCGAGGAGCCCGUCACCCGGCGCCACCACCAGCGGCAUCACGAGCGGGAACGAGAGCAGCAGCAGCGCGAGGAGAGCGGCUACUGUGCCCCGUACAAUGGCAAGGUGUGCAAGCAGUACAUCACCGGCCAGGUGUGGUACAGCCUGGAGGAUCCCACGGGCGGCUGGAAGAACGAGCAGGUGACCACGGCGCUGUGGGAUGAGCUGAUAUCCGAUCUUUCGGGCCUGUGCCGCGAAGCUGCCGAGAAAAUGCUCUGCGCCUAUGCCUUCCCCAACUGCCACUUGGAGGGUCCUGGUGGCCGCGCCGUCAAGGCUCCGCUUUGCUUCGAGGACUGCCAGGCCACGCACCUGCAAUUCUGCUACAACGACUGGGUGCUCAUCGAGGAGAAGAAGGAACGCGGUAAUUUUAUCAAAAGCCGCGGCCACUUCCGGCUUCCCAACUGUUCCGCCCUGCCGCACUACAACGCCUCCAUGCGACGGCCCAAUUGCUCCUACAUUGGCCUGACCGAGCUCAAGGAGUCAGAAGUGAGCUACGACUGUCGCAAUGGUAACGGACGGUUCUACAUGGGCACCGCAAACAUGACCAAGUCGGGCAUUCCCUGCCAACGCUGGGACACUCAGUACCCGCACAAGCACAUCCAACCGCCUCUGGUGUUCCAUCAGCUCCUGGAGGGGGAGAACUACUGCCGAAACGCGGGUGGCGAGGAACCGCAUCCCUGGUGCUACACGGUGGACGAGUCAGUGCGCUGGCAGCACUGCGACAUACCUUUAUGCCCGGACUACGUGGACCCCAAUGCCGGCGACCUGAACACGCCCAUCAAGAUGGAGAAGUUUUUUACGCCCUCGAUGAUCUUCCUGCUGGCUGGCAUUGGUUUUGUGACCAUUGUGGCCCUGCACCUGAUGAUCCUGCUUGUCUACAAGCUGUCCAAGCACAAAGACUACUCGCAGCCCGCGGGAGCAGCCACCAACGACUGCAGCAUUUCGAUGCGGGGCAUGGGAGAGUGUGCCGCAAACUUAAACACCAGCCGGGAGACCCUGGGUGGCAAUGGGAACACGAAUACCCUGGGCAAGUGGGGCACCAUUAGGAGCACAGCCACCGUGCACAGCAACUGCGUGGCCCUCACGACCAUUCCCAAGGAGGAGUCGAAGGGCACCAAACAGAAUGCGCGCCUCGAGAAGCUGGAGUAUCCACGUGGCGAAAUAGUAUAUGUGAGAUCCCUGGGACAAGGCGCCUUUGGUCGCGUCUUCCAGGCCAGAGCUCCGGGGCUGGUGCCUGGUCAGGAGGACUUGCUGGUGGCUGUGAAGAUGCUCAAGGACGAUGCCAGCGAUCAGAUGCAGAUGGACUUCGAGCGCGAGGCUUGCCUACUGGCCGAGUUCGAUCAUCCGAACAUCGUCAGGCUGCUGGGCGUGUGUGCCCUGGGCCGGCCCAUGUGCCUUCUGUUCGAGUACAUGGCGCCCGGGGAUCUCAGUGAGUUCCUGCGCGCCUGCUCUCCGUACGCCACCCACCAGGCGCCGAACCGUGAUCGCCUGCAGCUCAACGAGCUGCAUCUGCUCCAGAUGGCCGCCAACAUAGCGGCGGGCAUGCUUUACCUUUCGGAGCGCAAGUUCGUUCACCGGGACCUGGCCACGAGGAAUUGCCUGAUCAACGAGCACAUGGCGGUGAAGAUUGCCGACUUUGGGCUGUCGCACAAGAUCUAUCUGCAGGACUACUACAAGGGCGACGAGAACGACUUCAUCCCGAUCCGCUGGAUGCCGCUGGAGAGCAUACUGUAUAACAAGUUCUCGCUAGAGUCAGACGUGUGGGCCUACGGCAUUUGCCUGUGGGAGAUCUUCUCCUUCGCCCUGCAACCGUACUUUGGCCUAACCCACGAGGAGGUUAUCAAGUACAUCAAGGAGGGCAACGUCCUCGGCUGUCCGGACAACACGCCGCUCUCCGUCUACGCUCUGAUGCGUCGCUGCUGGAACCGCAAGCCGAACGAGCGGCCGGGCUUCGCUGAGAUAAACCACUGCAUCCAGCACAGCAUCGCCGAGAGCGAGUGCAAGGCGAUGCUCUAGAGGAUCGCUCAAAAGAGAGGAAAACGUAACGAAUCCGUGCACCACACAACGUUCGUCCGCUGUCUUCCGGGCAUUCAAUAGAACCGUAUAUUCACACAAACACACUGGGUGAUUCGCAAAGGCUGAACCAUCUUAGCGGGAAACUGUAAUCCAUUAUACCCCGCCGAGAUGCCGUGUCCUCGAUAUUUAUUCCAGUGUAAUUUCGCACAUUUUAUACUAAACCUAUAUGCAUAUUGAUUUGAAUUACCGCAGCAAUAGGCGGGAUCAGAGGGAUGUUGUGAUUAAGUUAGUUUAAAGACCACUCCAUAUCGUUACGGAUACGCUUCCUUACCAUGUC